AUGAUGGUCUUAAAAAGUGUCCUAUUGAGUGCUUUCGUAGUAUGUGCCUAUGCAGAAUUAGCACCCAAUUAUCCUGAACCAGGCACUGUUUGGAAAGCCGGGCAAAAUUACGAGAUUACUUGGUUGGAUGACAACCAAGAACCUCCUAUGGAUGAAGCAUGGUCAAAUUUCAAGAUUGAUUUUAUGACAGGCGACAACAAUCACCAAAAAUUCCUCAAGAGUGUUGCUAAAAAUUUAGAUGCUUCCCAAUUGACUUCAUAUAAUUGGACUGCACCUAAAGUGGAACCCCAUUCAGCAAUUUAUUUUUUCAUGUUUACAAAUGAUAAGGGAGAAAAUGCAUGGACGACUCGGUUUGCCAUCACAGGUGAUGAUGAAAAGGUAGUGGAACCUGAAAAGAGCGUACAAUCUGAUGGCUCAAAAAUUCCUUGGGGAGUAGGUCGUAUUGUUACCAACGCAUCCUCCUUUCCUUUAUCCAAUGUUGCUUAUUCCAUGACACCGGCCAUGGCUUCAGCAGCGGAAAAAAAUGCAGCUGUUGUGAUUGCAGUUUCCAAUGAUAGUGAUAAAAUCAAGAUGAUUUCUUCUGUAGUUAUAUUAUUUACAUCUAUUCUCUUAAGCUUAAUUCUCUUAUAA